UUCCAUAAAGAGUUAAAGGGUUUUGCUGAGCCAACAUAGAAUGCUAUCAAAACCCUCUUUCAGUACAGAGGCCGCACGCAGUUCCUCGUCUGUCCUGUAACCCAGAUUUUCUUAAAGAACAGAAGAGCACAACAAGCCUGCCACCAUGUCUGAAAAAAAGAUGACCUCAAGCCGUCGGCAUCAUCUCAAGAGUUUGAUACUGGCAAUAGCCAAGGACCUGAUAGAGGCUGAGGUAAAGCAGAGAGAAGAAGACAGAAUUCACUAUAUGGAAGAGAAAUGUCCUCCUCUGUCUCUGCCUGGCUCUGUGCAGGAAUUACAGGAUCUAUGCAAAAAGCUUCAUCAGCAGAUUGAUGUGGCGGAUGAGGAGAGAUAUGACAUGUCUGUUAAAGUGGACAAAAGUGACAAAGAGAUUGAGGAUCUGAAGAUAAAAGUUCAAGAUCUGAUAGGUAAAUUCAAGAAACCUGCUCUGAAAAAAGUGCGUAUGUCUGCUGAUGCCAUGCUGCAGGCCCUGCUGGGCUCCAAACACAAAGUGUCCAUGGACCUGAGAGCCAACCUCAAACAGGUCAAGAAAGAGGUCAAGGAGGAGGAUAAGGAUGCAGUGGGAGAUUGGCGUAAGAACAUUGAGGACAAGGCUGGUAUGGGCGGCAGGAAGAAGAUGUUUGAAUCCGAGGCGUAAACAGGCAGCUAUUUUACUUUUGGAGUUGAUUUCUGAUGGACUUUCUGCUGUCGUUGUUGCACAUUUCACUGACAAAAAAGUGCUUUCGCGUCCAAACUACACAUCCAACAAGCCAAACUACACAUCCAACAAGCCAACAGUAACUAAGCUAAUCAUACUAUUCAGAAUGUCAUGUAUUACAUGAAUGAUACAUGAGCUCACCUUAACAAAUAAAAAUGGGAAAAGAAA